AUGACUUCCCAACACACCCGGAAGUCUCGUGAGUCCACCCGCCCCGAGAUGUCUAUCGGGCGAUAUACACGACUCGAUGAGAUCGGUCGAGGGAGCUUUGCAACAGUCUAUCAGGGUGUUCAUACUAAAUCACGCACCUUUGUAGCCAUCAAGUCUGUCAACAUGUCAAAGCUUAAUAAGAAGCUCAAAGAUAACCUUUCCUCCGAAAUCGAUAUCCUCAAGGGGCUGCACCAUCCGCAUAUCGUCGCGCUUAUCGAUUGCCACGAAUCCACCUCACAUAUCCAUCUGGUCAUGGAAUACUGUGCUUUGGGAGAUUUAUCACUUUUUAUUAAACGCCGUGAUACCCUUGCUGGUCAUCGAUAUACUCGCGAUAUGAUUGCCAAAUACCCGAAUCCACCAGGCGGAGCGUUAAACGAGGUCGUGACUCGACAUUUUCUGAAACAGCUUGCUAGCGCACUACAGUUCCUUCGAGAUCGAAACCUCAUUCAUCGCGAUAUCAAGCCUCAAAAUCUCCUACUUUGUCCUUCACCUUCCUCGUACCGGAGUGGUACGGCCCAAGUCAUUCCUUUCAAAGGUAGCGAUAAUUCCUACGAGCCGAUUACAGGUCUGGAGUCUCUACCGAUGCUCAAGAUUGCCGAUUUCGGGUUUGCGAGGUCCUUACCAGCGACUUCAUUAGCAGAGACUUUAUGCGGGUCCCCGCUAUAUAUGGCGCCUGAAAUCCUUCGGUACGAGAAGUAUGAUGCCAAAGCUGACCUCUGGUCUGUUGGAACCGUACUCUAUGAGAUGGUCGUAGGACGACCUCCAUUCCGCGCCACAAACCAUGUUGAGCUACUCCGCAGGAUUGAAAAAGGAGAGGAUCGAAUUCGAUUUCCAGAGGAAAACCCAGCCUCGGAUAACAUGAAGAAGCUGAUACGGGGCCUCUUGAAGCGUAACCCGGUGGAACGAUUAAACUUCCCAGAAUUCUUCAAUAAUAAUGUUAUAACUGAUGUUAUCCCCGGUUUGGUGGCCGACGACGCACCCCAGCCGCGACGCCUCUCUACAGAGGACCUCAAUGAGCCGAGACCAUACAGGGUUGAACCUCGACCCGAUCCAAGAUCCGACAAAGAUUCACCGUAUCUUGCGGAUCAAGAAGAGCCUAUGACGUAUCCGCCUCCCCAUCGAGCAUCUAUCAAUCGCCGCAAAUCUACAGACUCCCCAUUGAGCUCUUCACCGAUUCGUCGGGCAGGGAGUGCAGAUAGGCCGGCGUCAGGCGUUUCUAAGGAGCAUCCCCGUGGUAGUACUCCACCGCAACGACCAGGCGCAAUUACUCAUGCUACAGCUCCUGGACGACAGGAGCUUGUUGAUCGAAAUGCUGCGGCCACUGCGAUGGAUCGACAACGAAAUCGGAAUACGUACUCGGGGCCUUCCAAGUCACAACUGGACCGAUCCCAGGCCGAAAACGAACGAGCGGCCCAAGAAGUGGCAUUUGAGAGAGACUAUGUUGUUGUGGAAAAGAGGGCGGUUGAAGUCAAUGCCUUUGCCGAUGAGCUUGCGCACAGUCCACGCAUUCAAGGUGGAUUUGCCCGGGGCCAGACAGGUGGCCCCCCUCGGCGUGCAACCACCCAAGGGCUGCCAACCGUAUCAUCAAAUUCUCCGCAUGGAAAUGCUUCCAAAGCUAUGCAAAUUGUUUCCAACCGUGCCCGAGCAGACUCAACGCACCAGCGACAACAUUCAUACGAGCGCCGGUAUGGACAGAGCCCAUCAUCGGCAACAUCGGCGAUUUCCAAAGCUCUCAACAUGGCCAGUGGCCGUCUUUUCGGCAUGGGCUUUUCGCCUCCGAUGGCCGUCACCAAAGGAGGGCGGUCGCCACCUCUGACCUAUAACCCAUUCCCAGCCUAUCCAGCUGCUCAAGCGAGCCUGAUGCUUAUGGGAGAGGGCCCCAAGACCAACGCUGCUUUCGAUGAAGACUACAGGACAGUUUCGGUGAUUGAAGAAUGUGCAACCCGCAGUGAUGUUGUCUAUGGAUUCGCCGAAGUAAAGUAUAAGCAGCUUAUCCCGCUGGCACCUUCGGCGAACAUUGAUCCCCCGAGGCCGAAUGAAGCUACCGAUGCUGAUGACUCUGGUGAUGAUGGCUUGACGGUUGACGCUAUUGUGACUCUUUCUGAAGAAGCACUGGUCCUUUACGUCAAAGCCUUGGCAUUACUUGCAAAGUCUAUGGACAUCGCAGGGGCUUGGUGGUCAAGGAAGAACAGAGAAGAUUCCUAUGGAGAUCAUUCGAACCGAAGCGAUGGCACCAGCGUGCUAGCCGGUACUCGCAUAAACAACGUUGUCCAGUGGGUCCGAAGCCGGUUUAACGAAGUGCUAGAGAAGGCCGAAUUUGUUCGACUGAAGCUUAUCGAAGCGCAAAGGCGAUUGCCACUCGAUCAUCCAGGUCACCCAGAUAACCGUUCUGUCGGAUCUACUGCGGCUUCCUACGGAUCAGCCGAUGUUGUCGUCAGCCCUGGAGUUACUGCCGAGAGGUUGAUGUAUGACCGGGCUUUGGAGAUGAGCCGGGCUGCGGCCAUCAACGAGUUGACUAGUGAAGACCUCGCCGGGUGUGAGAUUGCUUACGUUACUGCUAUCCGUAUGUUGGAGGCUAUUCUUGAGGAUGACGGAUCGCAGUCGGCGUCGGGUGUCACGGGUGAUCAAGCCUCUAACGGAAGUGACAAGACUUCCUCGGACGAUAUGCAUGGGGAGGAUCGCCAGGUUGUCGUCAAAUUGGUCUCUAGCAUGCGUGGCCGCCUGACAUCUCUCCGUAAAAAGCUCGCUGUCCUCUCCAAACGCUCAUCGGCGCCAACGGCCUCUCUGGGUGGUGGUCGCAUGCCGUCUUCCAAUUUGGUUCCCAUCUCACACGCCACAGCGGCUACACCACCUCGGUGA